AUGGCAGACACAAUCACCAUCCUUGUCGCCACUGACAACCAUGUUGGAGCCCACGAACGAGACCCGAUCCGAGGUGACGACUCCUGGAAGACGUUCCAUGAGAUCAUGUGUCUGGCCAAAGAUCGAGAUGUUGAUAUGGUCCUGCUCGCCGGUGACCUCUUCCACGAGAACAAACCCUCACGAAAGUCCAUGUACAAUGUCAUGCGGUCCCUGAGACUCAACUGCUUGGGUGACAAACCUUGCGAGCUCGAAAUGCUGUCCGAUGAGUCGGAACAUUUCGACACCACGUUCGACCAUGUCAACUACGAAGACGCCAAUAUCAAUGUUGGAAUCCCCGUUUUCUCGAUACACGGGAAUCAUGACGACCCAACCGGGGAAGGCCACUACUCUGCUCUAGACCUGCUAGCUGUUUCUGGACUGAUCAACUACUACGGGAAAACUCCUCAGAGUGAUAACAUCGUGGUCAAGCCGGUUUUGAUACAGAAAGGCCGCACGAAGCUAGCCCUGUACGGCCUCUCCAAUGUCCGAGAUGAGCGCCUGCAUCGAACCUUCAGGGAUGGCAAGGUCAAAUUCCACCGACCGAGCAAGCAGAUGGGCGAUUGGUACAAUUUGAUAUGCGUUCAUCAAAAUCACCAUGCACAUACAGAGACAUCAUAUCUGCCCGAGAACUUUCUGCCCGAUUUUCUGGAUCUGGUGAUCUGGGGCCACGAGCACGAGUGUGAUAUCGAACCCAGACUGAAUCCAGAAAUGAACUUCAAGGUUAUGCAACCAGGGUCCUCUGUUGCCACCUCUUUGAUCCCAGGCGAAGCCGUCCCUAAAAAGGUUGCAAUCCUGACUAUCACUGGGCGAGACAUGACAUGUGAACCAAUUCGGCUGAAAACAGUCCGUCCGUUUGUCUACAAGGACAUCACGCUCGCCGCAGACAAAGAUGCUGUUCGGAUUGCUAGAUCCAAAGACGAUCAUCGUGCAGAGCUGACCCGCCACAUGAUCAAGAUUGUGGACGGGCUAAUUGAGCAAGCCAGGGAAGAAUGGUCAGAGGCGCAAGAAGAAAGACAAUACCCAGACGAGGAACAGGAAGAAUGCCCGUUGCCCUUGAUUAGACUACGCGUUGAGACGACCUCGGCCGACGGCAUCGGCAAGUUUGAUAUUGAGAAUCCCCAACGCUUUUCCAACAGGUUCAUUGACAAGGUCGCCAACACCAACGAUGUGGUCCAGUUCCAUGUCAAGAAAAAGAACGCAGCGGCACGCGCAGCUCGAGACGCACAGGCAGAUAAGGAGAUCAUGGCCAAACUUCAAGGUCUGGAGACCAUCCGGGUCGACAAACUCGUUCGAGAAUUCCUCCAAGCCCAAUCCCUCACUAUCCUCCCCCAAAACUAUUUUGGUGACGCUGUGAAUCAAUACGUGGAAAAGGAUGACAAACACGCCAUGGAAAUGUUUGUGAACGAAUCACUCGCGGAUCAAAUCAAGCACCUCGUCAGACUACAAACCGACGCGAAUGACGCCGACGACGACGAUGAAGACCUGGCGACCCAGAUCCAAGAGCAGCGUGCAAAGAUGGAAGAGAUGUUUGCGAAGGGCAUGCUCAAGGUGUCCAAAAACAAAGCUAGGUUCAAACCUCAGCCGGCCGACUGGGAUAGUGAUAUCGAUGGACCAUGGGAGGACAACCCUGCUGCUUUGCUGCGUGAUUCAGAGGAUUUGGAAAGUAGAAACGGGGACGAAGACGAAGACGGUGAAGGGGCAACACCUGCACCAAGAACAACAGCAGCCAGGGGACGAGGAAGAGGAAGAGGUGGUCGAGCUGGUUCAACGGCUACGACCACCACUCGCAAGGCGACACCCACAGCGAAGAAAGCCGCCGCAACGACAACCGCUUCACGAGCGCGGAAGCGGGCAAUCUCAGACGAUGAAGACGAUGUAGAAGAGGACGACGACAUCAUCAUGGAGGACAAUGACGAGGAAGACGACUCUCAAGCCAUGUUUGUGCCUGAAAAGCGCAAGACCGCCGCAAGUACGCGAGGGCGCAGCGCAACAUCAGCAGCAGCAGCGGCCAGCACCACGACAACCCGAGCCGGAGCCAGAACGAAACCGACCUCCUUCGCUUCAUCGACGCUGGCGACCAAAAAGCCACCUGCCCGCGCUGCGGCUUCAAAGCAGAAACAGUCGACCCUCAGCUUCACCAUGUCGCAGAACAGCAUAUUGGGGAACGGACGGAGCACAGGGGGAAGCCGGAGUCAGAGCCACGAGCAGAUCGAUGACGAUGACGACGACGAUGAUGCGUUUGAACCCGCUCCGCCCACGAGGAGAAGACGAUGA